AUGAGACUCCAAUUGUUUGAACACCCACAGAGGCCACAACCACGAACAAACGAAGGAAGAUCGAUAAGUGGCUGGAACGAGCAACAUCGAUUGUGGCUGGAAGGGUUUUAUGGUGCUAGGGUUUUUGUUAAAGGCGUGACGCUGAUUGGGUUGUCAAGUGAAUGGUUGUUAGAGCUCGUGCUUUGGAGUGGUGAGGGAGAGUGGGUUGGGGCCAACGGCCCGAUUGGUGUUCGACUGUUGCGUAUUACAGCUAUGAUUGAACAUAAUUUUUGGAGAAAGGGGGGUCAACUUAGCUUUGGCGAAGAGAGGGUGGAUGGUGACGAGAGACUUCGACUAGCGGUGUGGUUAGGGUUUUAUGAGGGACGAUGGCAUGAUCGAUUGGACAGAAAUUUAAGGAAGAAAAAGGGCUGGAAUGGAACACCACAAGCUCUAGCAACCUUUCUAGCACCAGGAGAUGCAAUAUACAGCUUGAGGCUUGGAUCCUUAAGGUAUCCACAAAAACAAGGCUGUUGCUCCUUCUCUGUGCUGCAGCAAGUGGUAGAUGGUGGUGCAGAGGACAAGAUUGCUCCAAGGCACGGGCUUAGUAUCCCCGGGUUACAUGUCACUGCUUGUGACACUUGUGCUUCAGCAAAGAACAUCACCACCACCACCAUCACGAAGGAAGACACCUUCUUCAUCUUCAAUAAUCUUAAUGGUGAUGCUGAGUGA